ACUGGCAGCCCCCUGAGCCCCUGUCCCAAAGUAAACAAUCACCAUCGUGGGGUUAUCAGAUCGAACACAUCAAGUCCACACACGACAGGAAUCCAGACCCAAUCCCUACCAACAGCCCGGUUCUCCAGAAAACGCCUCCAUGUCUUCCCCUACAGACCCAUCUCUGGACAAAACUGUCCUAGCCGUCUCCUUCGCCUCCGCCGUCCUCUACCUCUUCCAAGUCCGGUCCACCCCCUCGUACUCGCGCAUGCUCGUCAAGACCGCUUCCACCGCCUUGCUGUCCUACCUCUCCCACCUUCUCGACGGCCCCCAGUUCCUUACUGGCGCUCUAGCCCUCGGCUCCCUUGGCGAUGCCUUCCUUGCUUGGGAUGGCGACCUGGCCUUCCUUUGUGGUCUGUCGAGCUUCUUGGUUGCUCAUGUCCUUUACAUCUUGUUGUUUCUGCAGGAGCAGCCAUCUGCUGGGUUCCAAACUCUAUUGGAGGAAGGAUGGCGCACCGCAACGGCUGGCGGAUUGGUGGUCCUGGUCCCCGUCAUGAUCGCCACCUUGAUGCCCAAGGUUGGCAAGGCGCUGAGAGUGCCGGUGUUGGUGUACUCGCUUACCAUUUGUGUCAUGGCCCUGACGGCGCUGACGCUGGAGAACGGGAGGGUGAUUGUGGGGGCCACCAUGUUCACGGCGUCGGAUUCGAUCCUUGCGGCGGACAAGUUCUUGGUGCCUGGGACAGCGGGGUAUAGGGGCUUGAUGCAGAGAGCCGUUUGGGUGCUUUACUAUGGGGGGCAGGCCUUGAUCGCACUGGGCUUUGUUGAGCCGGCGUGGUAGGGUGCGUCCAGUGGCCAGCAACAAAAGGCAUGGAGGACGGGGCGGUCACGCUCAAGGAGGAUGCCAGGACCUCCGCUUCGGUACAACAAAACGAA